AUUCGCGCGGAACCGCGCGCUUCUUGACCCUGCCUCGCUAGCCUUGUACAUGUGAUAAGCAUGCGAUGCAUGUGUUGACGUGACGUACGCGGCUAUAAUGUAUCUCGAUCUCGAUGCUGCGAUGAUGAUUUGAAUGCUCAAUGCAAAAACGCAUGUGUUUGUACCGGUGCUUUCGCCAGAUCAUAGAUGCUUUACACAAAACUUAUCGCAAUUUACCACUAAACGAAAGCGAUACAAACUGACUAUUCUCCGUGCUUUGACAUUGUCAUUGGGAAUUCAUCUGAAAGUCAACCGAUUCGCGUCUUGAUGGUAGAUUCUCUCAUUUUAAACGGAAAACCUGAAGAUCAAUUGCAAAUAUCUCCCAGAAUGCCGAACAUAAAAGUUUUCAGCGGUUCAUCGCACCAUGAUCUGGCGCAGAAGAUCGCCAAUCGACUCGGCUAUGAUCUGGGCAGAGUUGUGACCAAGAAAUUCUCAAACCAAGAGACAUGUGUGGAGAUCGGAGAGAGCGUGCGAGGUGAAGAUGUCUACAUCGUGCAGAGUGGGUGUGGCGACAUCAACGACAACCUGAUGGAGAUGCUGAUCAUGAUCAACGCCUGUAAGAUUGCCUCAUCGUCUCGCGUUACGGCGGUCAUCCCCCUCUUCCCCUAUGCCAGGCAGGACAAGAAGGACAAAAGCCGUGCACCCAUCUCUGCCAAGCUGGUAGCCAACAUGCUGUCCGUCGCCGGAGCAGAUCACAUCAUCACAAUGGACCUUCACGCUUCACAAAUUCAGGGUUUCUUUGACAUCCCAGUUGACAAUCUCUAUGCUGAGCCAGCCGUUCUGAAGUGGAUCAAGGAGAACAUCCCUGAAUGGGGCAACAGCAUCAUUGUCUCACCUGAUGCAGGAGGCGCAAAGAGGGUGACAUCCAUCGCAGACAGGCUCAACAUCGAGUUCGCCCUCAUUCACAAAGAGCGCAAGAAGGCCAAUGAGGUCGCCUCCAUGGUCCUGGUCGGUGAUGUCAAGGACAGGGUCGCUAUCCUGGUCGAUGACAUGGCCGAUACCUGUGGCACCAUCUGCCAUGCUGCUGAAAAAUUAAAGGAUGCUGGUGCGAUCAAAGUCUAUGCCAUCCUCACCCACGGUAUCUUCUCUGGGCCUGCCAUCCAGCGCAUCAAUAACGCCUGCUUUGAGAAGGUCGUCGUCACGAAUACAAUCCCUCAAGAGGACAAGUGCAAACAGAGCAGUAAAAUUGCCGUCAUUGACAUCUCGAUGAUGCUUGCAGAGGCCAUCCGCAGGACGCAUAAUGGAGAGUCGGUCUCGUAUCUCUUUAGCAACGUGCCGUUGUAGUCUAUACCAAGCCUAUACCAAUUUUGUUGUAAAUUAUGGUUCCAAUCGUAUCCAUCAUUUGUACAUUGUGUUUUCCAUUUUCAUGUUCCAUUUAUUUGUCAUUGGGUAAUGUGUCUUAUUAUACUGAGCGAGGGUGUUCGUACCUUAUUCAAGGUCAAAUUAUGGCUUACAAAUUGUUUUCAUAGAAUAUAUGCUCCGGGCAUAGAUUUGUAUGUGAGGCAUAGAUUGGAAUACUACAAUCAACUUAAGAUAUUUUCAGCCCUCUGUUUUGGAGAUCAAAUUCUUGUUUUAUUCCAAGAAUUUAAAUAGGAUUCUGCUAAAUUCCCACUUUGUUUGUUGUUUAUAGAUGUAGCUGUUAGUCUUGACAUUGAAUGUGCUAAGGGUUGUUAUUUUGACUUUGUAUUUUGUUUUAGACGUUUCAUUUCACUUUCAUUUUGAAAAUAUCCAGAGACUGAAUUUCUUGGUGUGCAUAGGUUAUAUUAUUUCUUAGUCCCAAGGUGUUUAUUAACACCAAGUUAAUUAAUGUAUUUGGACUUCAUGCAUACAGUACUUUCUUAUAAAGUAAAAUGUCAAACUAUAGCUUUUUAGAAGAAACGGGCAUUAAUUAGAAUACAUUAGUAACCUUUCUCUUUUGUUUAACUAUGUUUACAUUUAAAUUUUCAUUAAUUUUGUUCUCAUUUGGUAAAGUGGUUUCAUUGUGAUUUCUGAAGUAUCUUAGCGAUGCUUUGUUAUUUUGACCAAAAAAAAAAAAGUUUCAUAUAUGUGGGGGAAAAGUUCCCCAAAUAUAAGAAUUAAGAAUAUAUCUCACAUUCAAUUAGAAUCCUGUCCACACUAUCAUUGUAAAAACAUAAAAGCAUUUCUUGAAUACUUUAAUUUGAUAUUUAUUUACUUAUUUAUUUACGUAAGGCAGAUGACAGGCAUUGUACCAAAUGUCCCAGCACAUACACAUUGUUUAAUUGACAGUAUAAUUGUAAUGUACAUAGAUUCCUGUUCAAGGUAUGUAAAUAAGGAAAGUACUGAUGGGGUUGUGUUGCAAAAUUGAAAUUUGUUAAUUAAGCAAUCCCUGUCGAAAUUGCAAUACCAAACAUUUAUUGCUGAAGUAUAGUACUACUGUCGAAAUAUGUAGUGACUUUGAUGCCAUGCACACCCCUUACAUUAUCUAUUAUUCUGAAAACUGGUUAUUUUACAAAAUGUUGUUCAUACAGUUACAUCAAGGUAAGCCAUGGUUUCUUUUGAAACAUAUUAAGUACAUGAAUAUUCACGGCAGUUAAGAAAUACCACAUUUAACUCGUUUAUGGAGCAAAAUAUGCAGAAUUUUUGUGCCCAUUUUGAUUAUUUUUGAAUGAUUGAUAUUUUGUAACUUAAGUUAUGGAUUUUAUUGCAAUUCUUAAAUCAAUAUUACAUUUAGCAUCUCUCCAUUCGAAAUGUAGGUUUAACAAAAAUUCUGCAUACCAGGUGUUUUUUUUAGGGGGGGGGGGGGUAUGAUUUUAAUCAAAUAUUUGUUGAGUUAUUAUGUCAGGGAACUAAAGUGAGUAUAAUACAGUCAGGGUCACAUCACUUGGGGAAAAAUCUGUAACCAUUAAGGCUUGUUCAAAUAUGGCGCAGUAAAUGGCUGUAGUUUUUCUACGUGUAAAUAAAUGGCAACUGCGUACCACAAAGGUCCUGCACAUGUUCACUGUGCUAUAAAAUACAGAGAUUUGUGAAUCGUAUACUUUAUGUCGUCGUAAAAAGAACACCUCUGUUUUGCCGCAUCAUAUCUGAACAAUCCUUAACUCCCCAAAGAUAUUAUAGGUUAUACUGGUUUGAUUGCUUCAUUCAAUGUUUUAUUUCUUGUUUCAAUACUUUAAUCCAUAAUAAUGUUUCACUUUAAAUGAAGGAGAAAAAACAUUAUUUAUAAGCCUGACCAUAGCCAUGUUUGGUCGAUUUCAAUCCAUGUACCAAAUGUUUCCUUCAGAAGUAGUAUGAAUGGACAGUACAAAACAAAAACUGAUGAAAAUAUCUAUGGGAACGAGUUGUCAGAUGCUCCCUUCAAACUUGGGGUCAAUUUUUCCUUUAAUACCCAUGUUUCUCUCGGGAGAGUGGUCAGUUUUCAUAUGUAAUGUACCGCUCUUCCGACAGAAUUUGGGCCUUGAAGAAAAAAUUGACCCCAAUUUUGAAGGUGACGACUUAUUCCCACAGGUAUAUUUAUCAGGUUUUGUAUUGUCCAUUUUGGUACAUGGGCUAGAUCGAUUGAAAUCGGGGCCUCCCAAGCAAUGCCAAAUGUAAUAAAAUAAUGCACAUGAACAACAA